CAUAAGUGAAUGUGCGAACUAAACGUAUGCGUAUGGCAGGUCUAUUCGGAUAGUAAUAUGUGUAUUCAGUAAAGUACUCACUUAUCGAUCACACACGUGACUACGGUUGGUAUCCGAAGUAUACAUAUCAGCUACAGAGAAUUUGUGUGAUACUGCAUGUCGUACGAUCCUUCCCAUGGGCAAUGCAGUCACAUAGAUGUGCUCACUACAUAUAGUGUUUCUCAUACAUAAUUCCACGCAGCUAUGAUGCAGUCUGGGUUCAACUACGGUCCGGAUGACGAGGAUGACGAACAGUCGUCCUUCCUGUCAUUCGGCGAUGUGGUGUCGUUGUACACAGACACCCUGGAUCCCAACGCACACUACAGUACUAGCGGGGGACAGGACUUCAGCUCUACUAUAUCUCAGAGCAUACCCCAAGUGAACCAGAAUGCCAUGAGCUAUGGUGCCCUGGGGAGUAGUAUGAAUGCCAAUGGGAAUGUAGGCGUUAGGACUGGGUUUAUGAGUAACCUAGGGCUGAUUGACAAUCGUUGUGUGGUGAGGGCAUUCUACGGUAAUCCUGAUCAGGGUCAUUUGCCCAAUAAGUUUCGGGAUUGCUUGUUUAAGGUGUGCCCAGCCAACCGAUACUCUGCCCAACAGAAGUUCGCCAAAGCUUCUAACGAGGCACAGUCUGCGCCGUUGCAUGACAAGAUUGCGAACGCUGUGCUCUUGACCAAACUGCAACACGCAGCUGAGCUGGAGAAACGGCAAAACCAAGUGGAGAACGAGAAGGCGUGGGGGGCCAAAGUGUUCUACGGACAACCCAUCCAACUGUUACACAUCAACAGCAACAAGUACAUCCAGAUCAACAACAAGAUGCCUGCACUCCUGCAGAAGAACAACAUCCGCGUGGAGCUGGGCAGAGAUGGGCAUGAGGGCGGAUGGUUUGUGAUCAUGCCUGUGUACAAACACAGGGCCGUGGGGCAGGAGGUGGUCACAGGCGAUAAG